GUCUAUUUUUGGUGUUUAUUUGGCGAAGGCUUGAUCAUUUGUUACCUGUGAUUCUAUUUCCAAAAUUCGCAAAUUAUACAAGUAUUCAAAGCAAACGAAUACAACAUAAGCACAAAGUGUGACAAACUUUAAUAUAACUACCAAAAACUACUUGGAAUUCGAAGAAGAGCCUUGUAAUAUAGUCUUUAAAUAUGGAUAAACGCCAUAAUAACAAAAAACACAAUAAAAAUAAACACAAAAAUAAUGCCGGUAACAAUAGCAGUAACAACACCAACAAAGGUCGUGAAUUUGAACAACCCAAAAACCUCAAUCUAACUCCUCAGGCCAGAACGGAGUUAAAAGAACUGGUGGCGCUAUUGCUGAAAACAGUUUAUGUUGAAACCACCAAUCCCAAGGACGAAUGGGCACAGUACAUAAAUAUACAGGAAUUACUGAAUCGUAUACAGGUACUGGAAGCCCCCUUGCAGCGUAAACCUAAGGGCACUGAUAAGACCAGUCGUCUCGCUAACAUUGACAAAUUCUAUCAAUGGGCCAAGGAGAAUGGCGUUAAAUAUGAAGGUGUGGAAAUUGAGGAGUUUCCGGGCUUUGAGCUGGGCUUAAAAGCUACACGUGAUAUCAAAAAAGAUGAAGUGCUAUUCGGUAUACCACGUAAAUUGGCGCUUUGCGAAGAGCACGAAGAUUGUAUGUUUGCUAGGGAUUUCUUUAAGCCUUCUAAUUUGAAAUUGGCCUUUGUUUUAAUGGUCGAGGCAUUGAAACCCAAUAGUUUCUGGAGGCCCUACCUUGAUUUGCUGCCCGAAACUUAUAAUACAGUUUUAUAUUUCACCGUUGAGGAUAUGACACAACUCAAGGGCUCGAACGCUUUGUCGGCAGCGCUGAAGCAGUGUCGUUUGAUUGCACGCCUAUAUGCUAUUAUUUAUCAUUGGCCCUCAAGUCAAAUUCCAUUGGCGGACUUUAAGGAAAUGUUUCACUACGAUUUAUACAGAUGGGCUGUCUCAACUGUAAUGACUCGUGAGAACUUAAUACCUCGCGCUUUGCCCAAGGGUGAAGAUGACAACUCGGACACCAUAGCCGCCUUGAUACCCUUCUGGGAUAUGGCCAAUCAUUGUGAUGGCACCAUCACCACUUUCUUUAACAUGGAAACCCAGCAAGUGGAGAGCAGUGCCCAAAGUGAUUUCAAGAAGGAUGAACAGAUUUUCAUUUACUAUGGAGAUCGUACAAAUGCUGAUUUGAUGAUUCAUAAUGGUUUCAUCAAUUCCACAAAUCCCAAAGACAAAGUGGCCAUAAAACUUGGCCUCAGCCCCUCCGAUCCACUAUUCGAGAAACGUGCCAAACUAUUGGAAUUACUGCAUAUACCAAAGAAUAGCGAAUUGAAAGUGUUGCCGGCGCCCGAUUACAUCUCCUCUGAACUAUUGGCCUUUGUACGUGUCUUCAAUAUGAAUGAGGAGCAAUUGGACCAUUGGAUAACCUCGGAACGGGCAAUGGAUUUAUUGCACAUCGAUUGUGCAUUAGAGACGACGUUGGAAUCCAAAACAUGGCAAUAUUUGCAAACACGUCUUAUGCUGCUGUUGCGUGUCUUCCCUCAAACAUUGGAGGCCGAUGAGCAACAAUUAGCCGAGCUGAAGCAACAAAAGUUGGCUAUGAACUCCAGAGCGGCUAUGAUACUUGAGUAUCGUGUGCUAGAGAAGCGUAUAUUGGCAGCAGCACUUGAUUAUGCCAAACAAAGGACAAAAGCCUAAGAGAGUCACACACACACACACACUUUUAGUUUAACCCCAAACAAGUAGACAAGCAAACAAACAAACAGACCAACUAAAUGAACAACCAGUCAAACUAAAGCAAAGCAAUACAAGCGAGUCUUGUGAACAUCAUGGUAGAGUACUGGAGAUGAGAACAUUGGCAACUCAAAGGCCUAUCACUUUUUUUUUUGGUUAUUUCUUUUUUUUUGGCAAUGUCACAAAGUGAAAGGAGUUUAGCUUUAGUGCAUUGGCUUAAGGUUUUUGUGUUUGUGUGUGUAGGGGUUAGUUUUUUAUUUUUGAAAAUGAAAAUUUAUUUUAUUCUUCUUUUUUGGGGCCAUUUAUUUGGUUAGAUUUUGU